GGUGCCUGGCCGCUCGGUAAAAUUGACAAGGUGAACUGCGGCGUCCUUAUUUUACAAAAUCAAACUCUGCAAAGAAGGAUCUCAACCAAAUGGAGGAUGAAAUAUGUCACGAUGAUCUUCGCACCAAUAAAAAAAGGAAUUACCUUCACUACAUCCAGAGACCUGACUUCCAUAUCUAUGUUCUGCUGGCAGUCUCUUUUCUCCUAACAGUUAUUUUCUACAUUGCAUUUCUUUCCAAAGCCACAACUCUUUCAUCAGAAAUGAACAAAAUAAGUAAAAGUAUGCGUUCUUCACUAGCAGUGGAUGACCUUGAUGACAAAUUGUUCCCUUGUGGUCCUAACUAUCCACAGUGGGAGUACUUUAAUGGGAAAUGUUAUUACUUCUCUCUGGACACGGUUCCCUGGGGAAUGGCCCAUGAUCGAUGCAGGAACAGUCGUGCCCAACUGGUUGUCAUCAACGAUAUGGCUGAACAGAAUUUCCUUCAGGCACGAGCCAGGAAUGCUCGUCAUUGGAUAGGACUUACAGAUAUUGAUGUAGAGGGAGAAUGGAAAUGGGUGGAUGGUAGCAGUUACAGAAAUGGCUUCAGGUACUGGAAGCGAGGGGAGCCUAAUAAUGAUCGCGCAAAUGAGCACUGUGCACAUCUCUGGGGCAACGGAGAAUGGAACGAUGUUUUCUGCACAUUUUUAUGCUACUAUAUCUGUGAAAAACCCAUGCGAAGAAUCUUCUAAAAAUUCUCAUGGCACAGAAGAACCGAGGGCGUAAUUGCAGAUGUUACCAGAGGUGUUCUUAUAUUUCACUUUAAAAGACAUUCCUGUUAUAAAUCCCAAAUUACUUUUAUUUUUACUAUUAACGCCCAACUGCCAGCGUUUAGUUAUUCUGUAAUUCUGCAGCUGAACCCAUGAAUUUGUUAGUCUGGCUUUUAAUAUAUUUUGAGGCCUCGUGGGACAUGUACAUUCAAACUUUCCACAGUUCAUCGUCAUAUUUUAAGCAACAUAACGGAUCCAGAGGUCUACCAAUGCAAAAUCUCAUCUCUUUUACUUAGCAUUCUAAUAGUGUUCUCUUCAUUUGGUUUGCCUUUUUAAUGUAAAGAGAGAAAGCAUGCAAAAUAACACCAUCCUUUUUCCCUUUGGAAA